AUGACGCACGGCUUGCGGUCCAUCCAUGACGGUAUUCUCGUAGGCGCCGGAACGGUGCGACAAGAUAACCCAAGGCUCAAUAUCCGGCAUUGGCCUCCGGCUUCGUGUGGCGACGGCGGCCGAGGCACAACCUCUUCCGAGGAAGAGGAGGAGGACGCCUUCGACCAAGCGAGAGGCAGCGAUGCCAUCGGAAGAGGGGAAAAGGAGACAGCAGCCCCGCGGGCGGUGGUCUUGGCGGGCAAUCUCAGCCAGCUACCGCGUUCCAUGCGUCUGGGCGGCGCGGUCGUUUUCACUGACCUAUCGUCUCCCGAUGCGUGGAGGUGGCUGGCCGAGUGGGCGCAGAGGAGCAGGGAGGGAUCGGAAGACCGCGCGGCGAAUGAUUUUGUGAUAGUCCAUAGCCCGUUGCAGGCCGAUGGCCGCUGCGACGUGGGCGACUGCUUGGAAAAGCUCUACUCAAUGGGCUUCAGGAGUCUCAUGGUCGAGGGGGGGGCUACCGUAAUCUCGUCGUUUUUGCGAGGGUGCGGAGAAGAGAUGGCCAGAGACGAGGAGUUCGGCCGCAACCCCGACGGUCAGCUCGUGGACCGCGUCGUGGUAACGAUCGCGCCGAUGUUUCUUCAAGGCUACAACGUCUUGGCCACGGAGGGGAACGCUUGUGGCGCACGAACGACCAGCCCUGGCGCAGGUUUCCCCUUGCCUCUGCUGGACGUCGGCUUCGUGCGGCUGGGGCAAGAUCUAGUUGUAGUUGGGGCGCCCGCGUGCUGCCAGGGUGCCAGGUAG